AUUGCCUUACAAAAUUUAACCAAUGUAACUAUGAUGUCCUUUCGACAACAAAUGGACGAGAGUAAUCAUGAAAUGGUUAAUACUCUGACUUCGCAAUUGGGAACUAUUUUGAAUCCCUUGAUUAACAAUACAAAUAACAAUUAUCAGUUGUUAGCCCAUCAAAUGGGGCGAAUUGCAGAUUUCUUUGGUACUCCUGCAAUGCCUAACCAAAACCUUCAGCCCAUUCGAAACCAAACACAGGUUCAGAACCAAGGGUUUCAUGUGAACAAUGAAAUUCCAAACAAUCAAGUGCCACAAGUGGUACAAGAGGAACCACCGGCUCCAGUAGUGAACCAUGUGCCAGAGCCUGAAGUAAUUUUGGUUAAUAGAAAUCAGAAUGCUGACGAAGUAGUUAGAAAUGUGCAAAGAAAUAAUUUUGCGCAACAAGAUAACUUGGCGAAUUUAGUCGAAACUAUCUUAACUCAAAACGGUUUCAAUGUUGGCCUACAUAGGCCUAACUUUAUUUCCCCAUUAUCUGAGUAUGUACUACAAACUGAAUUGCCAAGGGGAUGGAAAAUUCCCAAAUUCACAAAGUUUGCUGGGGACACAACUGAGUCAACAGUGGAACAUGUGGCAAGAUUUUUUGCUGAAGCAGGAAAUUUGGCAGAUAAUGAAAAUUUAAGGUUGAAAUAUUUCCCAAAUUCCCUUACAAAAAAUGCUUUCACUUGGUUCACAACUCUUCCCCCUCGUUCGAUUCAGCAUUGGACUCAAUUGGAAAGGGCUUUCCAUGAACAGUUUUAUAUGGGCCAAUCUAAGAUUAGUCUGAAGGAAUUGGCCAGUGUGAGGAGAAAGACACCAGAGUCCAUAGAUGAUUAUCUGAAUCGAUUUAGGCUACUCAAGGCCAGAUAUACACAACAUCUAAGAGACAUGGCACAAUUAGCAGAUAGGGUAAGACAGGUCGAACGCCUUAAGGCUGAAAAGGCUAGAUCAUCAAAGUUUCAAAAGAGGGAAAAGAUUGCUUAUGUCGAAACUAUGGAUGAUGAUGAUGAGGAAUAUGUAAUAAACUAUGGAGACAUAGAGGAUAAUGAAAUUAAUGUGGCCGAACUAAAACCUGGCCCUCCUUAUGUCUGUAAAUUAUUAAAACCUUCGAAUGGAAAAAAUCCUGUCGAACCUAAGAAUGAUAAAUUUGUUGCUAAAACUUAUUCAUUUGACAUAACUAAAUGUGAUGAAAUAUUCGAUUUAUUGGUUACUGAUGGCCAAAUUAUUGUUCCAAAGGGAUUGAAAGUGUCUCCCCUUGAACAACAAAAGAAAAGAGGUUUUUGCAAGUUUCAUAAUUUUUUGGGUCAUAAAACCUCACAAUGUGUUCUUUUCAGGGAUCUGGUUCAAAAGGCUUUGAAAGAUGGAAGGUUGAAGUUUGGAGAGAAAUCCAGACAACAGAUGAAAAUUGACGAAGAUCCACUACAAAUAUCAGAUGCUUCCUAUGUGGAACCGGUCGAAUGCUUGAUGAUCGAUGCCAUGGACUUAUCAGGAGGCGCUCAAUUGGUUUCUAUUCCAGAGAAUGAAUAUUACGAGAAAAUGAAAGUAGUAUAUCCUGGGGCUGAAGAGGAACUGAUUGACUUUCUGCAAAGGUGUAAGCUUAACAAGUCCGAAGUUAUGCUUUGCCCAAGGUGCAGUUCCGUAUUCGACAAGAAGGCUACUGAGGGCCUCAACAAGUUUAUACCAUUCAGAAGAAACAAAGAGAAUUGGCCAAAAUCAAGGCCAAUGAAAAGACAGAACAUGGUGCAUGCCAAACCAAUACAUCAAAGGUUGGGCAACCCAAAUACUUUUGUGCCAUCCAACAACUCACCAAUGAACAAAUGGGUUCAUGGUCAUACAGCAAACUUUGUCAGAAAUUCUGUUGACAAGGGAAGUUCAAGUAAGGAUCAUUCGAGUCAUUCUGUUGAUUCGAAGAAGUAUUCUUACAGAAACAAUUACAAGGGAAAGAAUCCCAUGACCCGCACACAAUGGCGUAGGCAUCAGCGCCAACAAAGACUCUCCCUUCAAGAGGCGCAAAAAACUGAAGACAACAAAGGAAAACAGGUUGUCGAAGUGACCAGAAGGCCUCUGAAAGAAAGAUUGACUCAACCAGAGGAUGUUCGAAAGGUUGAGAAUGAGUUCGAAGGGGAGAACAUGGAAGAUGAGGAUCUCCUUGAUUCAGAUCCCGAGUUUGAUGUGCUGACGGCCAAUUUUGAGAGGCCAACUGAGGGAAUGAAGAAUCAUUUGAAACCCCUCUUUAUUCAGGCCAAAGUAAAUAACGUGGGGGUCAACAAAGUGUUGAUUGAUGGAGGAGCAGCAGUAAACCUGAUGCCAGAAUUCAUGAUUACUAAGAUUGGUAAAUUUUCUACUGACUUGCACCCUCACAACAUCGUUCUUUCGAAUUACGAAGGUGAGACUGGUUUCUCGCUGGGGGCAAUUCAAGUCGAUGUGGCAGUUGGCAGCACUGUUAGGCCAACUCUGUUUUUGGUUGUAGCAUCGAAGGCCAAUUAUAAUCUGCUUCUAGGAAGGGAGUGGAUACAUGGUGUUGGAGCAGUGCCUUCGACUCUCCAUCAGAGGGUGAGUAUUUGGAGAGAAGAUGGUGUGGUAGAAAAUAUCGAAGCCGAUCAAAGUUAUUUUAGGGCUGAGACACACCACAUAACUAAGCAUUCAUUUGAUAAGAAGUUGGCGAACAUAUCGCCAUGCACUGAACAGGGAUAUGCCUAUGCCCCUGCUGAUAAUGUCUACCAUUCUGUCAAAUUGGAUCCAACUCAUGGAUUCAUUUGGGAGAGAGAGGAGAUAGAUGAUGGUCCACAUGUGGAUGAAGGCAAAGUCCGCCCAACUGGGUGGGACCUUGAAGAAUACUACGAUGACUAA